AUGCAGGCGGACUCACUAGCCUUCGCCGGGGAUGCAGCUUGUCUACACGUGGUAUUUGCUGCGCUGCAGCAGCGACAGCAGCAGAAGCAGCAGAAGCAGAUGCUGCUGCUGCAGAUCCUCUUCUCCCACGGCUGCAGCGUAGACGAGGGAUGGCCCUCUGCUGCUUUCUUUAAGCUGCAGCACAGCAACAGCAGCAGCAGCAGCAACAGCAACAGCAGCAGCAGCAGCAGCUCCGAUGGCGUAGAGGAUACAGAGGGACAAGUUCAGGGGAUCUCAGGAGCCUUCACACAUCUAUGCGUACAUAAGUCAGCAGCAACAGCAGCAGCAGCAGCAGCAGAUGCAGACAACAGCAACGCCAAAGGGGGGCCCCCUAAGCAGCAGGGAGGGGCCCCCCUCCCUGCUGUGCUGCAGCCACCCAAGGGCCCCAGCAGCAGCUGGGGGCCCCUGUCUGAUGGUUGGUUUUUUUUGAAAGAGAGUACAACAGCAGCAGCAGCAGCAGCAACAGCAGCAGCAGCAGCAACAGGAGGAGACACAGAGCAGCAGCAGCUGCUGCUGCGUAGACUGAAAGCAGCACCGCUGCUGCUGGUUGGGGAGGUGGGGUUUAUAUACUGCAGCGACAUUGCUGUUCAUCACCUUAUAGCGGAGCUGUCUCUCCACCCAGGCAAACUCCUCGUUGCUGCUGCUGCAGCAAGCUCACCUGCUGUGCUGCAGCGGCUGCUGCAGCGCGGAGCAAAUCCAAACAACAUACGGCACGGCCUAUCGGCUGUGAGUGUUGCUGCUGCAUGCGGCACUGCAGCAGAAGAGAAGGUGCGGUUGCUGUUAGCUUUUGGGGGGGCCCCCGAGGCCCCCAUCCCCCUGUCUGCACAGUCUCGUUGUGCUGCAGCAGCAGCAGCAGUAGCAGCAGCAGCAGCAAAGAGGCUUGCUGUCUAUGCUCUUGAUUGCUGCACUCGUUUUCAGCAGCGACAAGCAGCAACACUGGGGCCAGCGUUUGGUAUAUAUACAGUUGCAGCACCAGGAGCAGCAGCAGGAGCAGCAGAAGCAGCAGCAGCAGCAGCACAGCAGCUACCUUCUAUAGGAGACCUCGAAGCUGCUGCUGCAGCACUCAGCCAUCCAGUUGUUAUUUAUGCUGGUGUAGAUACACCUGCGUUGCUGCAGGCAGCAAACAGCAGGAAUGCAGCCCUGAUGCAGUUGCUGCUUGAGAACGGGGCGUCACCUGAGGUGUUUAUUGUUUCUUCUCGUUUGCCUUCUCCUCUUUUUUAUUCUGUCUUUUGGGGUCUGCUGCCGGUGGUGCGGUUGCUGCUGGCCUAUGGAGCUAACCCAUUCAUCGCCAAAGAAGAUGGGGAGGGGCUUGAGGUCACCGCCCGGCGGGCGCUGCACUUCUCUAUGCUGACGAAACCCCACCACAUACAGAAGCUGCCGCUGCCGUCUACGUCUCCUGCUGUAUGUAGACAGAUACUCUCUCUUAUCGAGUCAGCGCAGCGUCACUGGGCUUCUGUGGCUCUCAGCUCGCUCAACGACCCCCAGAGCCCUGCAGCAGCAGCAACAACAGCAGCAACAGGAGCAGCAGCAAGAGUACCAGCAGCAGCAGCAGCAGGGCCCGGACCUCGUUCUGUUGCAGUAGCCCCAAGGGCCCCCAUGCUGCUGCGAGCAACCUGGGAAUCCUCGCUGCUGCAGAGGCCCCCCAGCCCCUUAGCUAUAGAGUCAGCCCUUCUCAGCAGCAGAAGCAGCAACAGCAGCAGCAGCAGGAGCAGCAGGAACAGCAGCAGGAGCAGCAGCAGGUGCAGCAGCAGGAGCAGCAGCAGGAGCAGCAGCAAGAGGAGUGGUAGAGGCCCGGUGUUGUGUGUAACGGAGAAGGAUUUAGGGUUUGCUGCUGCUGCUGCUCCUGCUGCUGGAGCUGAGGUGUACAGACACCCGGGGGUGUCAGCUGUGUGUACACCGCAGGUGCAGCAGAAAGGUGGUGAUUUGGUGGGGUUGGUGGGGGUCCCCUCGUCUUCAUCUGUGGGGCUUAAUAAAACAAAUAAAGAGCAGCAACUGUCUCCUCUCCAGCUGUCUCCGCAGCAACUGUCUCCGCAGCAGCUGUCUCCGCAGCAGCUGUCUCCUCAGCUGUCUUCUCAGCUGUCUCCGUCGCUGCUGUCUGCUGAGGUGUCACCUUCGCUGCUGUCUCCGCAGCAACUGUCUCCUCAGCAACUGUCUCCUCAGCAGCUGUCUCCUCAUGAGCUGUCUCCUCUCCCUUCUGUCUCCUCUGUCUUUGAGGGUGCUGUGCUGCAAGCAAGAAAGACUAGUCUCCUUACUACCUCUAUGGGGGCCCCCAGGGGUACAGUGCAGCAGCAGAGACAGGGGGGCCCCCUCAACCACAAUGGGGGGCCCCCAGGAUGGGAACGAGACCCAAGCGGAUGGUCCUGGGCUCAGAGCCCUUCAAUUGAUGCCUCAUUUGUUGCUGCUGCUGCUGCUGCUGAUGCUGCUGCUGCUGCUGCUGCUGCUGCAGCUGCUGAUGCACAGCUGCCUCGCAAAGGGCCCCGUCUCCUUACAAAGGAGACAUCGACCCCUUACCUGGGGGCCCCCUUUGUCUUGGGGCCCCAAGGGGGGCCCCCGCAGCAGCAGUCAUCAGGAGCCCCCCAACAGCGUAGAGGGGGCCCCCGCCAGGCUGCCGGAGGGCCUCCUGAGCAGCUGCAGCAGCAGCUGCUGCAGUUGCAGCAGCAGCAGCUGCUGCAGUUGCAGCAGCAGCAGCUGCUGCAGUUGCAGCAGCAGCAGCUGCUGCAGCAGAAACACCAGCUGCUGCUGCUAUCUAGAGGCUCGCAACAGGCUGACUCACGGGGGCCCCAACAGUCUCAUUCAAGGGGGCCCCCCUUCUCAGCCUCAGGGGCCCCGAAGAAACCCUCAACUGGGGGCCCCCAGGGGGGGCCCCCCUCGGGGGCCCCGCGGAAACCCGUGAGGCGUCUAUCUCCUCAGCUAGCAGCAGCAGCAGCAGCAGCAGCAGCAGCAGCAGCAGAAGCAGCAGCAGCAGCAGCAGUCAACAACCAGCACAACAGCGCUAGCACCGGCACCAGCAGCAACAGCAGCAGCAGCAGCAGCAGCAGCAGCAACAGCAGCAGGGAUUCGUUAGUAGCUGUAUCGGCUAUGUCUUACACCGCAUUAGAGGGGGACGCAGAUCCCCAUACUGUGCGCGACCCUGCAGCAGCAGCAGCAGCAGCAGCAGCAGCAGCAGCAGCAAGUAACUCUGGUGGUAGUAUGUCUUUGUCUCCUUUCCUUUCUAAGGGCCUCAACACAGCAGCUGCCUUGGGUUCUUCUGUUUUAUCUACUCGUACCCACAGUCCCCUGGGGCCCCUGGAGGGGGGCCCCCUGCACGAGGAGGAGGGGGGCCCCCCUGCUGAUGCUGCUGCAGCAUCUGUUGCAGCAGAGGCCCCAGCAGAGGCCUCGGUACGCAGUGUAUUCAGCCGCAGUGAUAGCGACAUACAAAUACCAACAUGGGGGCCCCCAGGGGCCCCUGGAUCUGCUCAUCACCAUGACCAUCAGCAGCAGCAGCAGCAGCAGCAGCAGCAGCAGCAGCAGCAGCAGCUGCCGCAUAAACCCCAAAAACUCUUCUCCUUCGAAGCCCCAGACGAUGCAUGCACAGCGAGACAAAACACCUCCUUCAUACAAAAGGGCAUGCAAAUAGCAGCAAACAUCGCCGGUAAGCAGCAGCAACAACACACAUAUAUUCAAUCCCCUAGGGGGCCCGACGGGGCCCCCAAGGGCCCCCCAGGGGGGGUAGGGGCCCCCAAGGGGGGGUAG